UGUGCCCCCCUCCGCGGCCCCCACACUCCUUAUAUAGCUCCUUCAGCACUGACUUGAGGCAGACUCCGAAAAUUUCAGAAGAACGAAUCAGCUGGGAGCCCCGCUUUUCAGAAUGGAAGAUAAGCAGAUGGCAGACAUGAGUGAGGUCAACAAGGAUUCUCUGGAGAAAACCCUUCCACAGCUGAAAUGCCAUUUCACCUGGAACUUACUUAAGAAAGACAGUGUCUCAGGUGAUCUAGAAGAUACAGUGUGUCACCAGAUUGAAUUCUUAAACACGGAGUCCAAAGCUACAAUGUACAAUUUCUUGGCCUACGUAAACCACCUGAAUGGCCACAGCGAGGCGGCGCUGGAGCACCUGCGCCAGGCGGAGGAGCUGAUCCAGCGGGAGCACCCGGAUCAAGCGGAAACCCAAAGUCUGGUCACCUGGGGUAACUACGCCUGGGUCUACUAUCACCUGGGCAGACAUGCAGACGCUCAGAUGUAUGUCGACAAGGUGAGACGAACCUGCGAGAAGUUUUCAAACCCAUACAGCAUCGAGUGUCCCGAGCUUGACUGCGAAGAAGGGUGGACACGGCUGAAGUGUGGGGCAAAGCACAAUGAAAGGGCCAAGGUGUGUUUUGAGAAAGCUCUGGAGGAGAAGCCCAACAACCCAGAAUUCUCUUCUGGGUUGGCCAUCGCGACAUACUGUCUGGAUAAUAAACUACAGAAGCCACUCUCCAUGGAUGCUCUGAAGCAGGCCCUUGAGCUGAAUCCCGACAAUCAAUACAUCAAAGUGCUCUUGGCCCUGAAAUUGCAGACGAUGAAUGAAGAAGCUGACGGGGAGCAGUUGGUUCUGGAAGCCCUGGAGAACACGCCUUGCCAACCAGAUGUCCUUCGCAAUGCAGCCACAUUUUAUCAAAAAAAAGGUGAUCUAGACAAAGCUAUUGAACUGUUUCUAAGGGCAUCGAAAUCCAUUCCAAACAAUGGUUACCUCUAUCACCAGAUUGCGUGCUGCUAUAGGGCCAAAAUCAAACAAAUUCAGGAUACGGGAGAAUCUGAAGCUAGUAGGAAUGGAGAGAAGAUUGGAGAACUAAAGCAGUGUGCUAUUGACUAUGUGAUUAAAGCUAUCGAGAAGGGAGUAGAUCCGCUGUAUGCAUAUUCUGAUGAGCUCCUGGAAACAGAAGACUAUUAUCAGAUAGCUUGCAGUAAGGAGCUCCCCGGCACUCAGAGGCAACAACCCCACCAGCACUAUCGCGACUUUCAGGGGCGUCACGGGAAGUCUAAAGACACUGCUACCCAAUGUAAUUUGGAGGGUUUGCCCACAAGCACAGAGGAAGGAAAGACGGAAUACCCACCACAGAACACCGCUGGAAAUCAGCUUCCACAAAAUGCACCAAAUUCUUGGUAUCUCCAAGGAUUAAUCCACAAGCUGAAUGGAGAGCUGCUGCAGGCAGCCGAAUGUUAUGAGAAGGAGCUGGGCUACCUCCUAAGGAACAGCCCCACAGGCAUAGGCAGCCUUCUCCUGCCACUGGCUGAGCUUGAAGAAGGCAGUGAGGCAGUGGGCCGGGGCCCACACAACCCCACUCCCAGAGUUCCCGGAACCCUGAGCUGAAACACAGAGGAGGGAUGGGAGCACAGUCAGGGAACCCGCGACACCCCAGGACUGCUUUAGGGUACAUUUUUGUAGAGUUGCUUCCUCGUAUCUGUCUCCCCUUUCCAUCCCAGCCGCGCACACCCCUCUAGCCUGUGGGCCUUACAACAAAAUUACCCGUGGACACAGGGCUUCGGCCUGCGUGACGCUGACUCAUUCUUAGUUUGCCCUCCAUUCAUCAGAUCUCCCCCAUCUCUGUCCUUACUGAGACUCUUAGCUGGCCACUGCCUGCCAACAGCUCUCCCGGACUCUGCCCCUUUGCUAUCUAGCCUUCUGGAGCCCCUGAAAGACCACCUUUGAACUAACCCUGGAAUAUUCCUUAUGUCUUCCUCUUGGCUUCAGCCAUGUGUUUAUAUAUAUUCUCGAUUGCGACACUCCAGUAAAUAUGUGUUCUGGAUAGUGAUGCUACAAUAAAUUUUAAAAUUGUGACUCAG